AUGACGGAACAACUCAUACUGAAGGGCACCCUCGAAGGCCAUAGUGGCUGGGUCACUUCACUUGCCACGUCUCUCGAGAACCCAGACAUGCUCCUGUCGGCCUCUCGCGACAAAACUCUGAUUAUUUGGGAUCUCACCCGAAACGAGACUGCUUAUGGCUUACCCAAAAGAUCACUUCAUGGCCACUCACACAUUGUAUCAGACUGUGUCAUUUCCUCUGAUGGUGCUUACGCUCUCUCGGCUUCUUGGGAUAAGACUCUUCGAUUAUGGGAGCUUGCCACCGGAACAACUACUAGAAGAUUCGUUGGGCACACCAAUGAUGUUCUCUCUGUAUCUUUUUCAGCUGACAACAGACAAAUCGUCUCGGGCUCUCGCGACCGAACAAUAAAGCUAUGGAAUACUCUUGGAGACUGUAAAUUUACCAUUACAGAAAAGGGACACACAGACUGGACUUCAUGUGUUCGAUUCAGUCCCAACCCUCAGAACCCAGUCAUUGUCAGUAGUAGCUGGGACAAACUUGUAAAGGUUUGGGAGCUCUCCUCCUGUAGGUUACAGACCGAUCACAGCGGACACACUGGUUACAUUAAUUGUGUCACCAUCUCUCCAGAUGGUUCUCUCUGCGCGUCUGGAGGCAAAGACGGGACUACAAUGUUGUGGGACCUUAACGAGUCUAAGCAUCUAUACUCUCUUUCUGCCGGGGAUGAGAUACACGCUCUUGUAUUCUCACCUAAUCGGUACUGGCUCUGUGCCGCAACUUCAAGCUAUAUCAUCAUCUUUGACCUGGAGAAGAAGUCGAAAGUUGAUCAAUUAAAGCCAGAAUUCCCCACUGCAGGAAAAAAGAGCCGCGAACCGGAAUGUGUGUCCUUGGCAUGGAGUUCAGAUGGCCAGACAUUAUUUGCAGGAUACACUGAUAACAUCAUUCGGGCAUGGGGAGUCAUGUCGCGGGCGUAG